AAUAUGCAGAAUAUUUAUUUAUAUUGUGACGUAUGAUGAAACGACAAACGACGUGAUUGUGACGUAGUAAUGGCUGAGAGUGGAUUUAAAUCUUACGUUGACAUAGCUGAGAAAGAACACAAACGAAAUGAGAAACUGACGGAAGCUUACAAAAAAGUUUACAAACAGCCGCAACAAGAACUGGAAGGACAUUUGCUACCAGGGGAGAUUGCUAUCGCACAUUCUAAAAAAGUGAUCAAAUACAGCGCACACGAUGAUCCUUCCAAAGGAAUCUCCGGAACUUUGGUUUGCACAAACUUUCGUGUUACAUUCAUAACUACAGAGAAGCCAAAAUAUGAUCUGGUUGAAAUAAACAACUCAUUGUUGGCUCCUCAAGACAUCUUGCUUAACAAUGUGGAGCAUGUGUAUGUAGAAUAUCGAAACAAGCGAAAAAAGUUGACCCCUGGUUCCAAGGUUAAAGAUGGGAUAGAAAGGUUGGAGUUGCAUUGCAAGGAUUUCAGGAUCGUUGCUUUCAACUUUAAACUUACAAUAAAAGGGGAAGAAAAGACGAUAAUUAAAGCGAUACUUCAUCACGCUUACCCUGCCAAUGUAACCUUGUUGUUCGCAUUUGAUUUCCAACAUAAUCAAGAUGUUAAUGCAAUUAUUUCAACCCCAUUAUAUCGGAACCAUCGUGAUUGGAUGGAAUCGUUGAAGCGUUGCAACAACGACCAAUCAUGGAGAGUCUCGUCUAUCAACGAAAACUUCACCGUUUCACCAACCAUGGGAGCAUACAUGGUGGUACCUAAGAGCUUAACAGACAAUGACUUAUCGAACAUUGUACAUCAAUAUAUGAACGACAGAAUCCCGCAAUGGUGUUGGUCAUUCGUGAAUGGAUGUUCCAUUGUGAGGUCAUCAGAACUGAGGUCAGAGUCGGAGGUCGGGGGUCAAAUGGAGGUCAAGUUUCAUGCAGCCAUCCAAUCAACGGGAUCGGAAUCUCGCAAUAUCAGAGUGAUUGACCUCAGCAAGCAGUGUCCGAACCCGAUACAAAUCCAACAAAGUUUCAUCAAGUUGCGGAACCUUUGCAUGCCAGCGUCUGAAUCUGAGUACUGGGAGUCGGAUGGACAUUGGUUUUCCCUUGUACACAACUCGAAGUGGUUACACCAUGUUAACACAAUGUUAUCGGUGGCUAAUGAUGUUUGUAUGUGGAUGAAUGUUAAGGAACAUCAUGUUGUAGUGAAAGAGCAAACGGGGGUCGACCUCACCCCUAUAAUAACCUCCCUCACCCAAAUACUCCUCGACCCCGAGCCCCGAACUAUCCAUGGUUUCCAAUCCCUCGUUCAACGUGAGUGGGUGAUAGGGGGGCAUCCGUUCAAAACCCGGCUAGGCCACUUACAUCAACCAACAGGGAACGCAGAUGAAGCAACAGAAAUGUCACCUAUCUUCCAAUUGUUCCUCGACUGUGUAUGGCAACUAUGUCGUCAACAUCCCGACAAGUUCGAGUUCAACCCAACGUACCUCGUCGUGAUGAUGGACGCGUUACGCCUCACCGCUUUCGAUACUUUCAUAUUUAACAACGAGCGGGAACGGCAGAGGAGAAUCGACCAAUCAGAGCAAAAAGCUCAAGACAAGAGUUGGCAGAGUUUACCAUUGUGGGCAUGGGGUGUCCAGUAUAAACAACAAGAUCUUAAGUUGUUUAACAAUCCAUUGUACAAAUUACAAGAGUCGGAUUUCUUCGGUGUCAAAACUUCAGAUUUAUCGACAAAUACAACGACGUCGAAAAUCACGUGUUUGACUUCUUCUAUGACAUCACUAAACGGCAUUGUUGAAAACCCAACCAACCACGGCGCUUCGAUCAAUCGUUCGCUUUCAUCAAGCGUUGCUACUAGCGACAGCGACGAGACGGCCAUUGCGCAAUCUGCGACGCAAUCGGACGGCGGCGAAAUUGAAGAUAAUUUCCAGAUUCAUUACAAUAGUAGGACGGGUGUUGUAGUUAUGGGGAGUGAGACACCUGUGGGUGACAAGAAGAAGAAAAAGAGUUUCUCAAUUCGUAGGAAAAAGGCAAAAGAUCUCUCACAUUCGCAGGAAGAAGAAGGAGAGGUUGUGGUUUGUGUGAUGCCAUUACAAGGGGUUAGGGAGCAUGGGGUGAAACUACAAAGGAAUAAAGACCCGAUAUUGGAAGUGAAACUGGGCCUACCUAACAUUAACAUGUGGGGAACAUGCUAUCACAGGUGGCUCCCAUGGUCACAGUUGUUUGGGGGAAGUCCUUCAGCUGUGUAUAGACAGGAGUCGAUGCUGUACGAUGAAAUACAUUCCUUGCAUCAUAAGAUUAUAAAACUGAUGCAAUCCAUUGAUGAUUGUGACAUCAUAAGCCCCCAUAGUGAUGACAGUGGUAUGUAUUUCCCCCACACCCCACCUGCCACACCCCCAACACACCCAUAUAUAAUAUCCAAUUACUUUCCAUAUUCACCCGUACAAGAUCUCGGAAGGAAAUCAAUCUUAGGCACCCCUCUGUUCAACUUUAUUCAUGGAAAUCCUAUUUUCGACUUUGGACAAAAAGUGAAAAAUAAACACUCGAGGUCUCCCUCCAACUUCUCCUUCACAACCCCCUCUAGUGACGAAGGUAACUCGUCGAAAUCUAACGAGAAAUCCUCAGCCACAAACAGUUUAUCGAAUAGUUGCGAAAAUUUGGACAAACCUUCCAAAAAGAAGCCAUUAAUGCCCCCAACUGAAAAGAGGACGCCAUUAAUGCCCCCAACUGAAAGGAGGACGCCAUUAAUGCCCCCAUCGGAGAGCAUUACUUAUAUAUCAUCUGUAUAGGUGGGAUCUUUAAUUUAUUUAGUUCAAAUAAAAGUCUAAUUUCUAACUUUGAAAAAUAAUUAAGUUUAAAGUUUCUACAAAAAAGUUUUCUUUAUCUCGUUUGAAAUUAUUUAAUUUUUACGUGGAAAUAAUUAGAUACUUAUCUGCAAGCAUUAC